GGGUAGCCUCAUGCUGCUUGGCAGAAAGUCAGCAUACAUUUUUGUAGUAAACCUUGCCUGAAAGAAGGCAGAUCUGGGACAUUGUGAGGGUGAAACUGAAGGACAUUAGGACUUGUGGGCAGAAGACAUCAAAGCGAGCCUCUCCAGAUAAAUAUUGUGGGAUUGAUGACCGAUUCCUUCAGGUGUGCAUCUGAUUUUUUAACCCACUGUCUGAUAAAACAUCAUUGAUCAUGAGGACAUUUAUUAAAUCAUGGAUUCCUCAGUGUUUGCAGAUUCUUGGGUCACCUUGCAGGUUAUUCCAUGGAUGCAACAGGCUGUUUACAUCUCAGAUUAUUUCUUAUUAUGACUCUAUAAACCAGUGUAAAAAGGAACUGCCGGAAUAUUUCAACUUUGCAAGUGAUGUCUUAGAUGAGUGGUCACGACUGGAAAAGGUUGGAAGACAAACAGCAAAUCCAGCUUUUUGGUGGGUAAAUGAUGAGGGAGAAGAGGUAAAGUGGAGCUUUGAAGAGCUGGGAUUUCUUUCUAGGAAAGCAGCUAAUGUACUUUCUGAGGCAUGUGGUUUGCAGAGAGGAGACAGAGUUAUAGUAGUGCUGCCUCGUGUUCCUGAAUGGUGGCUACUGUAUGUAGCCUGUAUGCGAACAGGAAUUGUCUUCAUUUCAGGAACAUCUCAAUUAACAGCCAAAGACAUCUUAUACCGACUCCAGACUUCAAAGGCCAAGUGCAUCAUUACCAAUGACACACUGGCACCUGCAGUGGAAUCGGUCAUACCUGACUGCCAGUUUCUGAAAAGCAAACUAAUUGUAGCCAAAGGGAGCAGAGAUGGGUGGCUGAACCUCAAAGAACUCUUUGCGGUGGCAUCUGCUGACCAUAAAUGUGUGAAGACAAGGAGUCAAGACCCAAUGAUAAUUGGUUUUACUAGUGGAAGUACAGGCUUUCCAAAAAUGGUGGUGCAGUCCCACAGCAGUUACGGCAUUGGAUUUGCAACCAGUGGCAGGUACUGGAUGAACUUGACUCCUUCAGAUAUAAUGUGGAAUACUUCUGAUACUGGCUGGGUAAAAUCAGCUUGGAGCAGUGUUUUUGCACCAUGGAUCUGUGGAUCCUGCGUCUUUGUACACAAUAUGCCACAGUUUAAAACAGAAGUUAUUGCACAAACUCUCUCAAGAUACCCCAUCACUACCUUUUGUACUGUUCCCACUGCCUACAGCAUGCUGGUCCAACAUGAUCUGAGCAGGUAUAAGUUCAUGAGUCUGAAACACUGUGUAACUGGAGGGGAACCACUCAAUCCUGAAGUGAUGGCGAAGUGGAAAAUCCAGACAGGGGUGGAUAUCCAUGAAGGUUAUGGCCAGACAGAAACCGUGACAAUUUGUGCCAAUAUGAAAGGGAUGAAAAUUAAACCUGGCUCUUUGGGAAAACCUGUUCCCCCUUAUGAUGUGCAGAUCAUAGAUGACCAUGGGGAUGUUCUGCCUGCAGGAGAAGAAGGCAACAUUGCUGUCCGUGUUAAACCAACGCGACCAUUCUGCAUGUUCUCUGAGUACUUGGAUAAUCCAGAGAAAACUGCUGGCUCUGUGCGUGGAAAUUUUUAUGUCACUGGGGACAGAGGGAUUAUGUGUGAAGAAGGAUAUGUCUGGUUUGUUGGAAGAGCUGAUGAUAUAAUUAAUUCUUCUGGGUAUCGCAUUGGCCCAUUUGAAGUUGAAAGUGCAUUAAUGCAGCACCCUGCAGUCUCAGAGGUAGCUGUUGUCAGCAGUCCUGAUCCAGUUCGAGGGGAGGUAGUCAAAGCCUUCAUUGUUUUAGCUCCUGCUUAUGUGUCACACGAUCCAGAAAAAUUAACUCAUGAGCUUCAGCAGUAUGUCAAGAAGGUGACUGCACCUUACAAGUAUCCGAGGAAGGUGGAAUUUGUUCAGGAUCUGCCAAAGACGGCUACUGGGAAAAUCAAGAGAAAGGUUCUAAGGAACAAAGAGUGGGGAAGAGUCUAAUGUGAUCUGGAAACUGAGGAGAGAAGAUUCCCAUCAUCUGUACCAGCCAUAGUGCAUCACACUUGGCAUGUGGUCAAGACCCAGAGCACUAGGAGAACUUAGGAAAAAACAAGCCAUAGGAAAAAAAAGGGGGAAGUAACACUCACAUGGCUUGAGAAUGCCAUCGGCCUACAGAUUUCCAGGAGACAGCAGGUGAAAGUAAUUAAGAAUGAGGACUAGGAGAGAAAAAGGUGAUUACAAAGGUUUAAUUAUUUUACUAGAAUUAGUAUGAAAAGCUUCCUUAAAAAAAGUGUAAUGACAAUAUUUUAAUAAUGUUUACAAAUAAAUGAGAAAUUAAUAAAAAU